AUGAACUCCUAUGAAGAGGAAGAGGAAGAAAUUAAUCAACAACAACAACCAUUUAAAAAAAUAAAAUUAAAUAAUAAUAAUAAUAAAAACAACAAUAAUAAUAAUGAUAAAAAAAAACAACAAGAAAUAAAUGAAAGAUUAUUUUUUAAAGUUUUUAAGAAUAAAUAUUUAUUUUUAAAGAUUUUAAAAUUAUUAAAAAGAAAUCCUUUUACAUUAGAUUAUUAUAGAAUUAUUGACAUUGGUUGGAUGAUAAAAAACAAUAGAUUUAGAUUAUUAGCUGAUAAAAUCAGAUCCAAUGGUUAUAUCAUUGUUACAAAUAAUACAACUAUUCAUACACAAAAUCAAAAUAAUUUAUAUAAUAAUCAAACUACAAUACAACAACAACCACAACAAGCAAAUACUCAACAACAACAACAACAACAACAACAAACAAAUAUUCAACAACAAUUAAAUCAACAAUAUGAUCCAUUUUUUAUUAUAAUUGAAUAUUUAAAAGAUGAAGAGGUUGAUUUUUAUAGAUUACUAUUUAGAAAUUAUUCUAAACAUUUCCCAAGGGAAACUAUUGAGGAAAAGAAUAAAAUAGUUAGUUAUUCAAUUAGAAAAGGUUGUUUAGGUGCAAUUCAAUGUUUAGUUGAAGAUUAUCAAUAUCAACCAUCCAUUCAACAUUUAAAUGAAGCAAUUGAAUUCAAUGCAGAGUUUGAAUGGGAACAAAUUAAAAAUCUAAAAGAAUGGAUCACUCAACAAAUUUGUAUAGCUGAUGAAUUAUUAGAGUUAAUACCAAACAAUAUACCAUUUCAAGAUGGUGGUAAAAAUAGAAAUAGAACAGUUUUUAAAAUUAUAAAUUAUUUUAUGAAAUUUAUAUUACCCACACCACAACAACAACAACAACAACAACAACAACAACAACAACAACAACAACAACAACAACAACAACAACAACAACAACAACAACAACAACAACAACAACAACAACAACAACAACAACAACAACAACAACAACAACAACAACAACAACAAUUACAACAACAACAACAAUUACAACAACAAAAUAAUAAUAAUACAGCAAUAGUAUUACAACCACAACAAAUUCAACAACAACAAUUUAAUUUUAAUUUAAAUUUAAAAAGAUUUUAUAAUCCUUGUCCAUUUGAUUUAGUUUUAUCAGAAUUAUUAGAAGCAUCAUGUUCAAUAUUGAAUCUUUAUGAUAAAGGUUGUAUAAAAAAUAGUGAUUCAAUUUAUAGUGAUAAAAGAGAGAUGAUUGAACAAUGGGAACCAUUUACAGAGAGAGAAUUAAGGACUAGGGUUGAAGAAUUUGAUAAUAGAGAUGAUCGUGUUAAAACAUUGAUACAAAUGUAUAUGCAUGUACGUGAUAGAACUAAUAAAUGUAAACGAUAUUAUUUAAUCUAUGAGAGGUCAAAUGAUAGUGAACAAAUUUGUUCACCAUUACGUAGUUAUAUUUGUAGCGGUGGUGGAGGCUCGAGUGCUGGUAAUAGAUUGUAUUUAUCAUUUGCAUUGGAGUAUGGGUGUAAUUUAUUAUUAAGAAGUUGGUUUGACGGCGGUCAAAAUAAUACAUAUGACGUGGUGGAGAUUUACAUCUCUCUAUAUUUUCAAGUCAAAGAUAGAGAAUAUGAAAUCUGCCAUUUGCUUCAAUAUAAACCAUACCUAUUUCAACAUUCCCAACUUAAUGAUCCAAUUGCAAAAAUCAAUAGAAUUAAAUUUGUGCAUGACGUUUGUAGAGAUAUUGUAAAUGAAGAAAUUGCACCCAACAAAAAGUUAGAACCAUUAUUUUUCUUUAAUUUGGUGGUGGAUUAUGAUGACUUGGAAUUGGUGGUGAUAGCAUUCAAUUGGUUGAAACCCUUACUUAAGAAUCCCUUGCAGGGCGUGGAGUAUAGGAAUCCAAAUUCACAUUUAUCAUUCAACGUUUAUAAAUACAUUAGAUCGGUACCAGUGUUGACUUUUAUUUAUUAUAAUUUAAACGAUCAAGAUAUUCGCGAUAAAAGUUUCAUCACAUCGUGUCGAUUGGAACCUUGGUAUCUUUAUGGAAGAAUUGAACUUUUGAAAGCUUAUGAGCAUUUAACUGGUUAUCAACAAGGUCAAGACUUUGAAUUCACUCAUUCCUCAUGUCCGAGAAUUUCAUUUCGUGCAAAUUCAAUCAACCGUUAUUUGGUUGAUGUAAUUAGACAUAUAGUUUCAAAACCUCAUAUCUAUCAUUUCGAUUCUUUGGUAUUGGAUUGUUUGAAAUAUUAUCCUGAAACUAGAUUAUUCUAUGUAGAGGAUAUUCAAUACAUCAUAGAGAAUACUCAAUUUCAAUAUCGUCCUUUUAAAAUUAGUUGUUCAAUAUUUGGUACUUGUAAUCCAACUAGUGUAAUGGGUAACUAUUGUUUCUCUUCUACCAAUAGAAUUAGAUUAUUCGAUUGGAUUCUAACGAAGCGAAAACAAGAUGUCGCUCCAAAUGGUAGAUGUGCUUUAUUUGGUCAAGAAUUAAAUGAAAUGAUGUAUUUAACUGGUAGAUUAAAUGAUUUAAUUGAAAAUAAUUCAAUUUGUAAUAUUAGUGGUGGUAAUAUUAAUAAUAUUAAUAUUAAUAAUAAUAAUAAUAAUGAUAAUAAUAAUAAUAGCAAUAGUAGUUUUAUUUCAAAUACAUUUUCAAAAAGAGUAUUUCAAAGAAUUGGUGAACAAGGUGAUGUUGAAUCAUUAGAAAUUAUUUUAAAAUCUUUCUAUCCAACACUUCAACAUACUCUUCAAUUAUCUUCAACUGCAAAAACUAAUCUAUAUGAAUUAUUAAAAGGUGCAGUUGAAUAUGGUCGAAUUAAUAUAUUUAAAUUUUUAAAAUUAAAUAAUUAUAGUUUUAUUUUAUUACCACUUCAACAAAAACAACAACAACAACAACAACAACAACAACAACAACAACAACAACAACAACAACAACAACAACAACAACAACAACAACAACAAAAUUUAAAUAAUAAUAAUAAUAAUAAUAAUAAUAAUAAUAAUAAUAAUAAUAAUAAUAAUAAUAAUAAUAAUAAUAAUAAUAAUAAUAAUAAUAAUAAUAAUAAUAAUAAUAUUGUAGCAAUAACAAAUGAAAUUACGCAACAACAGCUUUCACAAUUACAAAUUGAACAAAGUAAUAAUACUAUAAUAACAUGUACAAAUAAUAAUAAUAAUAAUAAUAAUAAUAAUAAUAAUAAUAAUAAUAAUAAUAAUAAUAAUAAUAAUAAAGGCGGAAUAUAUUCACAAGUUUUAUUGAAUGUUCUAUUUGCCAAAGUGAUUGAAAAAGAUUAUUUGGAACUUUAUGAAUUAAUGGUAAAUGAAUUCCAAUUUAAAAUGAAUCCUGAACAAUUUUAUUUCCAUUCUAGAUCAAGUGUAUCAAUUACAAAUAAUCUUAUUGUAAAUUAA